CUGAUCAGCCAGACAGGUUAGAACGUGUGCGUUUCAUUCAAUUCAAUUGAUUUGAAAUUGUCUUGCGUUAAAGAAAAUCAUGGAGAACGAUAAACAACCGCAGGACGAUGAAGAGAGUACGGAAUGGAUUUAUGGAUUUCGCUCUGGGAAUUUAUUUAUUAUUGAUGGAACCGGUGGAAUGCAUGAAAAUUCUGGGGAUGAGUCUGUAUCGUAUCUCCAACAGACUCUCGAAAUGUACGAGAGAAUUCUCAGGCAGAAAUUAUGUCGUAAUAAAGACGAUUGGAUGGGUCUAGUGCUGUUUGGAACGACUAGAAAAAAUCCCAACUCAAAUUUUCAAACUCUCCUGGAAUUUGGGCCUGUCACUGUAGAAAUGCUGAAGGAACUCCUAAAUAUUCUUGAUAAUCUGCAAGACCUGACACCCACGUCGCCCUUGGACACCUGUCCCCUCUCCGAUAUCCUCCAGCACGCAGCUCGUGCCUUCGACUCAAUAAAAAUAAAAAUGCCCUUUCGCCAGGUGAAUCUCAUCACCUGCAACGACAAUCCCCUGUCAGACAAUCCCGAGGAGAAACAUCGAGCUCGUAUUCUAUCAAAAGCCUUCCACGACAUCCAAGUGACCCUGAAGGUGAUAGGUUUCGGUGAAAAUUGGGAUUUCGACGUGUUUUACAAAGAGCUAGAGAUGCUGGCCUCCAACAGCGACAUAGAACCCAAGAGAUUCCGACCGAUCCACCUGGAGGGUCAAGUCAUGCAGAAAUAUUGUAACAAGGGAAAUGUCGAUCUAAAAAUUGGUGACCAAGUCCUCAUAACAGUUGAGCUCCAGUCAUUCACCAAGAGGCACUCACUCCGAAUGAUUUUGAUGAAUAAAGAGACUAACGAGCCCCUGGACAGCUACUCCAAGUACGAAAGAGUGGAUUCUGACGACGAAGACAACGAAGACGACGGCCCGGACGGAGCUAAUAAAUCGAGCAUCAGAAAAUGGCAGCACGUGGGUGGACGAGAUAUUCUUCUGACCCUGGACGAGGCCAAAAAAGUAGUCCAAUUGAAGCCCAAGGGUAUUGAGAUUCUCAAAUUCCAGAAAGAACCAAAAAAUCCGUUCCAGUACCACGUGAAGCCUGUCCUGUUCCUGGGACUCCCCAAGAACGCACCACUCGGUCACAGAAAAUUUUUCGCCGCUCUCUACCUGAAAUUCCAAGAGAGAGGCCUGAUGGCCGUUUGCUCAGGAUCAACCAGAAAGAACUCCAAAUCAUAUAUCUACAAUAUGUUGAUAUGCCCUGAGUUCCACGGUUUUUAUCUCUAUCACGUGCCCUUCAAGGAGGAAAUCAACAGAACAAUGGACGAACUGUUUCCCCAGUACUGUUUAACACCUGGAAACUCUGGAUUGAAUGACAAAGAGAAAAUCGAGAUAAUGGAGAAGUUGAUGAAGAAGUUCAGGAUAUCGUACACACCAGCUGUAUUUCCCAAUCCCAAGAUGAUGAAGCAAUUGCUAUAUAUCUUAGCACUUGCUCUGGAUGAGAGGUGGGAUGAGACGAAGUACUUCGAGGAUUAUACUAAACCUCCCAAUGAUUUGCUCGAGAGGAGGCUCAACAGAAAGGGAUUGAUCGACAGAUUCUUUCAAUUAUUUCCAGAACUCGAGGAGGUGGUGACAGCUGUCAAGAUUUUCAAGUACGACAGACAGACUGCUGAGAGAAUGGCUGCCAGCCCCUCUCUAAAGUCCAUGACUGUUCAACAGUUGAAGGGCAUCCUCAAGGCUCUCGAUCUAUCUGCUACUGGAACCAAGUCUGUUCUCAUCGACAGGAUUCAGAACUACACCCCCGUCUAGGAUUCGAUCCAAGUAUUGAAGAUAAGAAUUUCCCUUGAUAUUUAUUCCUAUUUGAAUAAUUGACUUAUUUAAUUUUCAAUAACAAAAUGAUAAGAAAUGCUAUGUGCAUCUGUUGUAUAAAUAAAUAAUAAUAAAUAAAUAUUUCAAAA